AUGGUUGCUGAGCUUGGACAGCAUGAUCAUGCAAUUGGGACGAAUUCCAAAGGUGUUACUUCCAUGAAGUUCUUUGAUAAGAAGAGAGAUUUGGAGACAUUUCAAGAUGGCGAUCAAAUUGCAGGAGUGGAUGAAACAGAACAAGGUUACUUAGAAGAAGCCUUUGAUCAGGACUAUGAACCUGAAGAUGAAGAUGAGCGUGAUUUCAAUCUACAUGGACAAUUUGAUGGUAUUGAUGACUCCAAAAGAGAAGAGCUCUUGGCAGAUGCAGACAAUGAUGUAGAUUCCAAGGAGAUGAUGACUAUGAAUCAGAUGAGGACAAUUUGGGUGAUGAGGAAGAAGAAGCUAUUGUGGCCGAUUUGGAUCACCAUCAAGAAAAUGUCGAUAGAGGAACCGAUGAUAUUAGGAGCCUUGUUACUGAUCUGGAGGAUCUACAAGAACCACCCAAAGAAGAGAUUGUAUUUGAGCCUGAAAUGCCUCAAGUAG